AAGAGUCCAUCCCUUUUGCCUCCGCCUUCGGAGCCCCGACCCCCGAACUGGUCGGUGCGCACGUGCUCGGCGUCCCGGGCUGCGGCGGAGGCGGAGGUUUACAGAGGUGGCAGCCCUCAUGGCAGGUCCCCUGUGGCGGGCCACAGCCUUUGUGCAGAGACACAGGACGGCCCUGUUGGUGGGUUCCUGUGCAGGCCUGCUUGGGGCUCAGCUCUCGUACCACCUCUUCCCGGAUCCUGUGGUCCCGUGGCUGUACCAGUACUGGCCUCAGGGCCAGCCAGCCCCCAUGUCUCCAGAGCUGCAGAGCCUGUUCCAGGAGGUGCAGCAGGACAUCGGGGUCCCCUUGGGCCACCGCUUCAAGGCCUUCACCACCUUCACCUUCCAGCCUGUGAGCGCCGGCUUCCCGAGACUCCCUGCUGGGGCCGUGGUGGGCAUCCCCGCCAGCUUCCUGGGUGGCCCAGUGACCAACGCUGACCGGCCUGUGGUCGUCCACGGGCAGCGAGUGGACUGGCAGAGCCCAGCGGGCGCCCGGCUGAGAGAUGCCCUGACCCUGUCCCACGACGCCCAGAAGUUCGCCUUGGCCAGGGAGGUGGUGUACCUGGAGAGCGGGUCAGCCGUCCUGCAGGCCCUGCCGGCCCCCGCCUGCCUGGUGGGCACCUGGGCGCUGGGCGUGGGGGCCAAGCACGCCCUGGGGCUCUACGGAGGCCCCAUGAACUUGCGGGCUGCUUUCAACUUGGUGGCGGCAGUGGCGGGCUUCGUGGCCUAUGCGUUGUCCACGGACUCUCUCACUCACGCCCUGGAAGCCUGGCUGGACCGCCGCACGGCCUCGCUGUCUGCAGCCUAUGCCCGGGGCGGGGUGGAGUUCUACGAGAAGGUUCUGUCGGGCAACCUGGCCCUGCGCGGCCUCCUGGGCCGGCCCGGGGAGAAGCUGUACACGCCCAGCGGGAACGUGGUUCCCAGACACUGGUUCCGCAUCAAACACCUGCCCUACACGGCCCGCCGGGACUCGGUGCUGCAGGCCUGGAGGGCGGCGCUCGGCCCGGCAGCCCCUGAGGGCCUCCUGGCAGGGGCGGUUCCAGCUGGAGCAGAUACGUGCUUUGAUGAAGCGUCUUGCCGUGCUGGACAGGCCCACGUGGCACGGAAGUAAGGGCGGCCUCUGAGCCACAGCUGGCGGCGCAGUGAGGCCCUCAGUCCAGCAGCCCACAGGGAGCUGAAUCCUGACGACAGCCGUGUGAGCUUGGAAGAAACUCCCUCCCCAGUCAGGUCUCAGCUCCUGGGGCCACCUGGACUCAAAACCAUCCUGACUCUGGGCUUCUUCCAGUCCCACCCCCGUAGAGCCUUUGUUCCCCAGAGGGCCCUCUACAAGUCAGAGGUGAACUGCAUCAGUGGAUCGACUCAUGCUGUCACCCACCUGCACAUACCCCUCCCCUGACCUGCUGCAGAGACAGUUGCCCCUGCUGGGCUCUGCCGGCCUUGUCAAGGGCUGGAGGGCGCUCAGCCGGGGCCAGAGCCUACGUGGAGGGAGGGGGGGGGCGGGCAUCCACACACUGCACAGACAGCAAUAUCAUUGCUUUAUAGUCAGACCCUCUGCAUUGAUAGACUUUACUGCUGUCACCAAACAAGACCAACCCGAGUCUGAUACCUUGACGCUGACCCCUUGACUGGCUAGUUCAACACAGACAUUUCCAGCGUGACUGUAAUUAUGCUCUCACGCGGCACAAUCCGGUGGGCGCUCUGUAUCUGCUUUCUGGCUUGGUUUUCCAAGCGCUCAAAUCAGUAUCAGUUUUAAAUUUUCCCUAACAUUAUCCACACGUGGAUCCUAGGCCCUUUCCCCAGCCGAGGGCCUCCCUCACUUCCUGGGGCGCUGAGCUUGCGUGCCCUGAGCUGGUCCCCUUCAGAGCUGAGCAGGCCGCCUGCAGGCCCCUUCUGCUUUCCACUGCUUGUGCGCAGCCCUGCGGCCUGAAAUAAGUAUGUCUUUGUCGAUGCGCUUAGGUAAGAAAACACGGGAAUCAGGGUCCUGGGAGAUGGGGGUCGACUGGGGGGCCCUCGGCCAGGGGCUGACUCUGCAGGUGCAUCUCCAGGAAGCCUUUGGCCUCGGGACCAGCCCAGAACCUGGUUGUGCAGCUCACUACCCCGGGCACAUUACUUACCUUCUCUGUACCUCGGUUUCCCGUCUGUAAAUGGGAAUAAUGGCAACGCCCAUCUCCUGGAGUUGUUUUAAGAGGUUAAUAAGUUGAUACUUGUAGAGCGCUUCGAACAGUGCCUGGCACAGAGUUAAAGCUGAGGAAGCGGAGGGUCACUUGUAUUCCCCGAGACGCGGUUUCCGCGUGGCGCCUUUGGAAACGUCUCCGGUGUUGUGAUGGGGGUCGGGCUGGCAGUACUGCCCUGCACGGUGCUCUCACCCGCCGGCAGAGCCUCAUUCAUGUGUCUGACGCCUCCACCAGCCCCGGGCCUCUCGAGGGGCAGCCACCGGGCCACCCCAGCCUUUAUUCCCAGGACCUGACACCGUCUUCGGGGUUCAGGAAGUGUCGGCCGAAUCCAGGACUGAGUCGUGACUGGCGGGAAGGCCUGCGACAGACGGGCAGACAGACCCCAGCGGUGCUGGCCUGUGAGGGUCGGCUCAGCCCGCGUUUCUCAGGGGUGCACGGGGGAGAGGCUGCUGAGCAAGGCGUCUAAACCCCAGUCUUGUCCCCUCUGGAUAAGGCACCUCCAAAGCGGCCCCAGUGCCUUGUGACGCGGCUGCCAGCGGCAGCUGGAGGCUUCCUCGGCAUCAGCCUGCAGGUCUGGACCGCUGACUGCUCUGUGCGGGCCCCUGCGGAGGAAGCUUGUCAGACGCCUCGGGCGGCAGAGGGGCACAUCUCAGAGCCCCAGUGGGAAUCAGGCCGCAGCUGCCCCCCCCCCCCGCGCCCCUCCUGCAGACCCAGCGCUUCCCAGCCUCCAGCUCCUGUGCAGCCCGCUUUGGAUCUGGGCCCUAAGGCUCUCCCGCAGGCCAAGUGAGUGUCGGCAGCCAUCUGCUGCCUAAGCCUGCGGGCUUGCGUGCACACGAACAGAUUUUGCUUUGCCUCCUGAUAAGGUCUUCAGUUGAGCCAAGGUAUCAGAGGCUACGUUAACCUGAGGAAGGCAGGGGAAAGGUGGAGGCAAGAAGCCCAGGGACAGCUGAGGCAGCCCGGCAGGCAGGAGGCCUGUGAGACCACGAGGCCCACGGCCCCCCCGCCCCUGCCUGGGCUGACGCUGGGCCGGCCCCCCGCAAAGCUGGCAGAGCCCCCUGGCUUCCCCAGGGCCUGGCGGGGAGUCGUCCCCUAGGCCUGCCCUGUCCAGUCCCCCGUGGAGCUCCCUCCGCAGACCAGUAUCACCCCCGCACGUAGGAAGCAGCAGCUCCACUCCGGCUGUUUCCUCACAUUAUCUACUUAAAUGACCGCAACCCCUUAAAGAGAUGCAGGAUUAUGCCCCUGGUCCAGUUGGGAAGCAGCGGCUCAGAGAAGCUAGGUAACUUGCCCAUGGACACACAGCUGUUGCUGGUGCGGCCAAGACGGGCCCCCCGGAGCCCUGACGUGAUGCCUGUGCUGUUGCCUCUGUCAAGGCUGCAGCCUCACCGGGGAAGCAGGGAUCACCCUGGGUUUCCACAGCUGGGACAGCAGCACCCUUUUGUGAAGCAGCAAAGCCUCCUGCAGACCCCAGGGAGCCCCAACCCCUCCUGGGACAUCCGUGGUGAACAGAUUUGGAGCGGUAGCGCGGGGGCACCCAGGAGCCCCGACUGGAGCAUGUCAGUCGCCAGGUCACUGCUGUGUCCUCUGGGGACGUGACGCUGGCCUGAGGUCUCCCUUUGAAACCACCAGUCCCCCUGAAACCGGGUUCCCCUGCCGAGCUUGUGAGCAGUCUCUCAGUCCCGGACCUCAUUCCCUUGCUCGUCUCCUCUGACCUCAAUCCUGUGCUCACUGAACACCGAGCAGCCAGAGUCAGAUGAGGGCAGUUGCUGUUGUCUGCAGUGUGAUAACAUCGUUAGUGAACUCAAAUUGCUGGCGUAGACCUCACCGCUGAUGGACACACGCAGGGUGUCUCCAGCACAAGAUGAGCUCACACACCCGUCACUGCUGGGAGUGGGUUGUGCUGUGUGCAUUUGUGUAACGCUGUGGCCAAGGUGCUGUCCCCACCUGCUCCCUCCCCCUUUGAGGGCGGCUGUGAGCCAUGAGGGGUCGCUUCCCUGGGAAAGCAUCUGACAGCCAGGGGUCUCCAUCCCCCCUUUACCCAACCCAUGUGGCUUUACAGCCCAGAUUUGGGGGUUACCUCUUACCCCUGUAUUAGGUCCUCCUUCCUGCCGCUAGACCACACGGAAGAGCCCGACUACAAGAGUCACACUCUCUCGGCUUAGACAGGUCACGUCACUGGGGGUGUGAGGGGCUCAUGAGUAGGAGGUGAGGCUUCUGCUGACCGGAAGAAGCCCUGCAAAUCCUGCAAAUUCUUGCCGCUCGGACCCUCACAGCCUGGUGUCAACCGAUGCCGCAGAGCCUUUCUGAAAACAAACGUCAAGAAAUGAUUGUGCAAGACAGAGCCACUAGAAAUGCCUUGUUUAUGGGUGUGUGAGAAGGUCUUUGUGUCUUUCUUCUUUUUUUCCUAUUGGAAGAGCGUAAGCUCAACUAAGGUGACAGCCCUGGAAUGCGAACAGAACCGGCCGGGUCCCCCCCACCCCCCGCCCUUCACACCCGGCUCUGAAACGCUGAAAGCAGACUUCAGGGGCUGUCUUCCUGCUCUCGGUUCGAGCACCACCCCCACCCCGUUCCCAUGGCAGCCUGGCACGUCCCACCACACUCUUCACACCGCACCCCGUCUGGUCCCUUGUCAGUCUGUCCCAACUGGGCUGUGAACACCCGGCGCCUGGCGGGCGGGGCGUGCCUCCUGCCUCUCGGCCACCUGGCUGAGCACCCGGCAGGCUCUAGGUGGGAGUGGGGGGUGGGCAAGAGCGGAGAGGCCGGAGGAAGCCCCACGAGGGGAGGACUCCCUGUGGGCCUGAGGGCCACCGCACCCCAAAGCAUUUACUGAGCACCCCUGGGUACCGUCGCAGUGCGUGGCUCUGGGGAAGAGUCCAGGUUCGUAAGAUGCGGUCAUCAGCUUACAAACACUUUCACGUGUUUUGAACUUCACACACUCAUGCGUGAGUUGUACACAGUCAGCCUGUUUACCCGAGAAGAGAGUGGUUCUGCAGGGUUCACGUGAGGUGUAACAGAAGGGGCAGUGGCCUUGGGCCACGCAGCCUGUUUUGAGUCCCCAGCCAGCCUCGGACCUGGCGGAGCUUCAUUGCCGUGGUUUAUGGGGGUGGGAGCUCUGCCACCGCACCCUUCUCACGGUGCCCCAGGCUGGCCCGGGACCUAGGGCUUCAGGACUUGCCAGACGAGACGUGCACGGGCGCCCUGAGCCUGAGGGCUGGCUCAGGCCUGCAUCACCUCACCCCCAGGUCCACAGAGCACCCCCCAGGGCCCAGCCGAGGAGGCAGGCAGCGAGUAAGUGCAGGAGCCGGGCAGCCUGGAUGGGGCGUGUCUGGAAAUCCCAGGGCCCAGAGGCGAGAUCUGACCCGAGGGGCUGUGCCCUGGGAGCUGGGGCUGGGUGGACAGCGGCCGAGUUUGUUGCUGAGAGCCCUGUAUGUCCCAGGACUGACCCGGGGAACCGUCAGUUGCCAGUAUUGUCACCCGCCUCACGGUGACCACAGGGGCAGCCUGACCCUCCAUCCAUCAGCACACGAUUCUCUAUCCCUGACUAUGCACCAGGCUGUGUUCUAGGCCCUGCAACCAUGGCGAUGGAGAAACAUCCCUGCCUUUAUAUUCCCGUGAGGGGCACAGACCGUAAACAAGGAAUAAGUCAUCGUGGAGCACGUGAGACAACACUCAGGGCUGCUGUGGGACAAGGAGGCAGAGAUGCUGGCUCGGGGGACAAGAGUGGCCGAGAGAGGCCCACACGGAGGAGGGGACCUUGGGGCAGAGCUGAACGGAGUGAGGGAGCCAAGUGGACACGGUGGGUGGGGGGCAUCCCCGGCAGAGGGAAGGGCAGGGGCCAAGGCCCUGGGGCAGGAGCGAGCCUGGCACAUCUGGGGUAGCAGCAGGGGCAGGAGAUGACACAAGAGCCGAGGGGGAAGGGGAGCUCAGCCUCCCCGGGGCGCCUUCGUUUCUCUUCACUCUGCGGUUGGAAUCAGCUGUCUCUGUGGCCAGGGAAGCAGCCUGCCUGGACAAAACUCACGGUUGCCUGUGGCCUGAAGUGGUCACCUGCAGGCUGGUGCUGAGCGCCCGGCCCACCUUGGGGACAUCCAAAGACGCGGCCCCCAGGGGUUCCCGUCUCACCCAGCUUGCCCUUGAACAGAACUGCCGCAAACCAGGGAGACCACAGGUUUGGAGGGAUGGAGGGCUUCCGCCCUUGCUCUGUCUGCCGCCUGCCUUGGUCACCCAGCUCCAUGUAACCCCGGGCUGUCUUCCUCACCUGCAGGCGUUCCUCUGCAGCCUUCAGGCCUGCUCUCCGUCCCCUGUCUGUGCGCUACAGCCCCUCCCCUUCCUGCCAGCCUGGGGGCUCCUCUGCGGGCGGCCUCCCGGUCUCUCUCCUUCUCCUGAGGUGCCCGUUUCAUCCCCUUGUACGCAAGCACCUGGCGUUGCUGCCGCUGCAGGAGAAGAUCUCUAGAAAUUCUGGUUGAACAGCAGGGAAAAGAAGCUGGCUGUUGGCUCGCUGGUUCUGAUGAGGAAACGAGAUUUCUCGGAGGUUACAUGCCGGCCCACGUCACACCCGCCGUGGAGCCACGGCUCUUGGGGCAAUGUCAGCUGCAAAGACCAGAAUUUCUUCUGGCUCCCCUCCCGGACUCAGUGUGAUCUUGGCUGGCCUCGGCCUGCAGCGGCUUGAAGCAGGGUUUCGGUUUGCGGCCAGAGAUUGAGGUUGGGUCGUGGAGGUGAGAGCACCGAAUCCAAGCCGCUGGACCAGUGGUCAGUGACGAGGGCCUGGCCCUUCGGCUUUGCAGAAAAGAAUUGCCACAACGGCGGAAGGUAGAGAAACAGAGUGUUUAUUAGGAGAAAAGAAGAGUACAGUACGUAUGGAUAGACACACAGCCACUGUGCCCCGGCCCUCUGGAAAGACAGCCAGAUAUACAGAGCAGAAAGCAGAAUAAAAGCAGUCGCUUCCUCCCAGACCAUUAGGGGAAGAGAGUCACUGGGAGCGGACGAAAGAUCUGGGAGGAAACCACCAGGGAGUGAGAGCUGAUUCCCUUCGGGAGGAACUGGAGCAGAGCUGUCCUUUCAGAAAACCGGGUGCCCCUGUGAAGUGAUGGAGCCACAGACGGAUUCCCGGGAAUCCAGAGGUAACCAGCGAAGGAGUCCGCUAGCGGGAACGUGGGCCCUCGCGGUGGGGACUCCCUGGGUGCUGCCUGCAAGGACAGAUGACUACGAGGCGGCCUGGUGGCCGCACACCACCUGUCUUGGCUUCAUGAGCAUUCCCUCUUCCCUCUACCCGCCUCAAGGACGUAACCCCAAGGAGAGGACAGACAGAAACCCUGAAAUGAUUGAAAUCAAGUUACCACAAAUACUUGGUGAAAUUGGAGUUCAAAAAGAGAGCAAAAUAAAUUUACUUUUCUUGA